AUGCCGCCAAAUCUUGUGUCUUCCGUGAUAAAGUUGGGCCAAAAAAGACAGCACGAUGAAUUAAAGGAAUUGCUAGAGAAAAUGCAAUCGUCGCAACUUAUUGACAUGGUUGUGUCCAAUAUUGAUUCCAUUGAUGGUUACACGCUUUGGCACUUUACCCUGCUCGGUUUAGCACACUCGGAGCGAAGCGCUCGCAAACGGUUCGAGCUAGUUAUGGCCGUGCUUCAGCAUUUGAACGUUGUGGAGCUUACAACGAAACAGAUUUUCGAUAUGGUUGCACGAUUCUUGACCGACUUGCCGUCGCUUACCCCGGAGCAACUGGUAGAAAUAUGUGAACUAUGCAUUGAAUCAAUCCGGGCCGGUGACCCAAAAUGUAUUACCUGGAAGCAUUUGGUACCCCAAACGAUUCUUCAACUGUCUGCCAGUGCCGGGAGAUUCAACGCCAAUGGUAUGCUUCUGACCGGAGCAGAAUAUCGCCAGAAGCUGUUGGAGGAAAUAUUCAAAAUGAAGCUACAGCUAGUCAUUCUCACACCACUGUGUGGAAUGUUUCGAGAUUUAACUCUAUCUAAAGACGAAACUAGCAUCUUUGUAACGAAAAUAUCGGAAAAUCUGAAAAACAUCGAACCACUCGAGCUUCCACCGCUGGCUUGCCAGCUGUUUCACGUUUGCUUAAAGCAUCCGAGCCUGUUGGUGAUUCCCUUGAUGGCGCUACAGAAAUAUUUCCACAAAAAUUACUACAAGAAGCUGUUGUCGACUGAAAACAGCGAUACCACCGAUUUCGAUAGUAUUGAUCGCUAUUCCGACAGUGAGAUCCGAGAAGCAGAAGAAACGAUCCUCUUUCAUCUAUCGAACGUAGUCGAAUUUCGAAUCGAUGAAACACAAACUGUAACCAUGUUCAAGCCGUUUCAAAAUAACCCGGAAGUGUUGCUUACACCCUUUUUGGUCGGCGCGCUGCUUGCGAUGAGCAAAAUUAACCGACAGCCGGACACAACCGAUGUCGUUGCAUCGCCCAUAAUGGCAUUUCUAAUCAAGCUUAUAACGAUUAGCGAGAAGGAGCGUGAAAUGUGCACCCAGUCGGCCUGGUGUCGAGGUCGCAUUGAGCCAUCGGUGAUUGCACGUAUCGAUCAGCUGUUUAGCACACUGACGGAAAACAGUCAGGAUGGAAAGGAAGUGGUUACACCGGGCCUGAUUAAUUUCGCUUUCGCACUGCUGCUAGCUAAGAAGCAAACAAAGCUGCAUGGGAUAGCGAUCAAUUUCUUUCAGCUAUUUAUCAAGAGACGUUUCAUCUUUGGCAACGGAAUUAUCGCCAAAAUCAAGAAGUAUCUGUUUGCCGACCUGGAAGAAACGCAGUUUAAUACUUGCUUGACAACGCUAAGCUUGACCAAUGCCCUUACGGUAUCUGAAUGCUCAAAUACAAUUCAGUUCAUCAUGGAUUAUUUACUGCUGAUAAAUGGAACCCAUGCCAUGCGAUUCAUGGCAUUCAUAUUUCCAUUACUCCGCAUUUCGCACACGAUCCGCGAUCGAUACAUCGAAGUAUUGCGGAAGGCUAUGUACAAUGGCGAAACAUCAACGCGGAUAAUGGGUGUGUUUGGAUUUUGUUCACUUCUGAAACAACUGAAAAAUAACAAUUCUCGACGCUCGUUCAUGGGCAGUGGCGCAGGAAAUUACACACAACUCACCAUCUCUGGUAUGUCGUUGCUGUCACAAGCCGCAUAUGGUUCUCCGAACAAUCCGAACGUACAUUUCGAUAUGUUAACGCUUGAAAUAAUGGGAAUGUUGCGAAAAUGUUUUACCCAGACGCUUGAAGUGAGGGAAAUGCUUUACGAAGCUCUCGGAAGGGCGGUAGAGUUUAAUACUCAGCUAUUACCGCACGUAUUGCAGUUCAUCGAUUGGCACUUUGAAAGUUUCUUCGGUGAAAACCCGAAAGAAACGUUUCGAAUUGAUUUCGAAAAGUGUGUCCGUUACAAAGGUGAACCGAGCGAGGACUAUUCAUCGGAUGAACAGCGCUCCAUAGUGGUGUAUGACAAUGUCGGACGACUGACAUCGUUUAUGGUGCAUUGUGUGGUACUUUGCGACCUGCAUGAUAUUCAGCAUGAUACCAGUGCGGUUAAAAAUACGUUACAACUCAUCGUCGAACGGAUUGAUAAUCUCAGUGCAGAAGAUAUGGGAAUAGUUGGUACACUGGAUACAAAGAGUGUGGUUAUUGCUGCGCAAUACUUAAAUACCUUAGAGGCUGCCAUGACGUAUUGUGCCUGGAAAACGAAGCAGGACAAUAUCUUGCUGCGUGAUUUUGUACGCUUAUUUAAACAACACCAGCAUUGUGUUGAAAAUUUUAAGAAAAUGGAACCGAAAAAAGGAAACAAAAAGAAUAACACUGAAGGAUCGAUGAAUGCUUCCACAUUAGCUGGAUCCGGAAAGUCCGGAAUAUUCUUCAAACCAGAAAACAUAUGGGACUUGGCCACUAUUGAAAGAAUUCUAAAGAUUUCACUCGAUACCAUGACAAAUUAUGCCAAAGAGGAAGAUCUUAAACUAUUUCGCGGAAAUCGAGAUCUUCAGCAGUACAUACUUAAGAUUGCCUGUCAAAAGUUGGAAGGUUUACGAUCGCUUCCCGAUUAUUGGCAGGUGAAUCACAGCAAGCGUAUAUUUGGCCAUUUGGCCGAGUGCACCAAGUUAGUGUACGAUCGAUGCAUAAAGCAAACGACCGAGUUGACCGAAAACGGUGGUCUGUUUGUUGCACAGGCUGCUGUCGAAUGUUUCCGACAGGGUUUAUCAUCGGCAAUCGAAUUAUAUGAGCGAAAGUUUAAAGAUUUUCUACAAUUGAUAUGUUGUACAAUUGGACCAUCGUUUAAAAAGGAAAUACUGGUGCAACUGCAAACGAUCGUGGAAUGGUACUUCAAAGAUGGUAACGAGCCGGAAUCGGUUGGAGAUAAAAUCGUGGUGGGACUGCUGCAAUGUUUGGAACUGCUAUAUAAAUCGCCUGUCCUCACUCAAGACCAUUUGGCGCAGGGUUACGAAUGGAUGCAGAACUUUUGUAUCAACACCAAGCUGAAGCAAAAAUCGUUCGCCAUCAUACAUCGUUUGUUGUUCGAUUUGCGAAUGCGCACUCAAACGGGGGCUUAUUUCGAUUCGAUAGCAAUGCGACUGGAGCUAAAAUUUGGCCAAAUAGCGGCCGAGGAAACAAAUCCACUGUUUUACUUUAAAUCGAUUUCUUCCGGUACAGCAGAACCUACAUUCCAAUGCUUGUGUGCGAUCUUUCGACAGCAGGUAGAGGAAAUCGAACAUUUGAUCCUACGUACUAAUAGUCUGAUGAUACGUUUGAAAGUGUUUGGGUUAGACGACACGGAUGAGACUUCACAGUUGCUGAAGUCAAUCGAACGAUCAAUUUGCUCGCAGUUGGUACACAUUCUUGGUUCCCUGACGCAUUUGUGCAACGCUAAUCUGCCGCUCGGAUCGACUAUGGAUACCCUAAUCAAACUGUUGCUUUCGAUCUACGGUUGUCUUGCAAAUUUAAGCAGGCACUUUUUGGCUCGUCAUGCGAUUGUUCCGAUCGCCUAUGACGUUACAAAAUUCAAUUUGGUUGUAAAAUCAUCGAAGCCACUUGCAUCUAAAAUUUACGAUCUUAUACCGUUUGUUGAGGAGAAUAUUAUUGGCCAAGAUGAAGGAGAGGAGCCAGCAAGUUCGUCGAAAGCGAAAUCCAAUCGCGAUAAAGUAUUACGCCAGACGAAAUUGAUUCCCAAGCUUGUGUUCCGCAUCGAGACGUACAACAAGAUAGUUAUGCAGUUAAGCAAAAAAACUAAGAAAGAUUUAACCUAUCUGCUACACAUGGGUACAGUGCGAGACUUUCGUAUCAAGACAUCCGCCUUAGUAGAAGCGAUUCAGAGAACAAUCAGCGAUAGAACAAAUCCGGGAGAAAUGAGUGACGAGGAAGAAAUGGAACCCCAGUUGGAUCCCAACGAGGACGAUGAUGAUGAAGAAAACAUCAAUCGUACGGCUUCUUCGAAUCGGUCCGAAGUUACCGGUGCCGUCAUGGAAUCGAAAGCAAACAAAUCAACCCUGAACGCGGAAGCUUUGGUGUUGAAAAAUUUAGCUCGAUUGAAUGAACGUACUAGAAAAGAGGCGAAAAAACGAGCAUUUGAAAAUGUGAAAGAUGUUGAAGAGACAACGGUGGCAAAUAAAAAAUCAAAGCCCACCAAAAAGAAAGGAACUGCUAUCUCUAAAAUAAACAAACGGGCGCUGGAAGAACUAGACACCGCAAAGGAUGCGGAAAAUGAAGCACCCGAAUCAAAUGUUCAAGAUCAGCCAGUAAUGCGUACACGUACGCUAGGAUUGCCAAGACGAAGUGCAAGAAAAAGUAACAUGGAGUAA